AUGCGGAACCCCAGCCAAUUCAAUAUAGUCUGUUUUGCCCAUGGGCUUCCGGAAAAUUCACUCCAUCUGUUCCGGCAAAUUCGGACUCAAAGCAAAAUCCGAGAUCAUUCAACGCUCAGAGACUUUAUCUCCCACACAACACUAGUUUUGCGAGAAGAAAUUCGAAACCUACCAGAAGAGCUACGGAGCCAGCUGCCUCCUUUUGAGAAUGCCUUGGAUCUAGUUGAGUGGCAGAACUGGGAACGUGGACCCCUAGCAGGUGCUUUGGGGGGGGUAUUACGAUGUCUGUUGCAUAUAUCAUCAUUCAUUGGAUAUUACGAGAGAGAACCGGAGCGAUUUUCUCUAGCUCAAUCGACGACAUGUUUCUCGGCCCUCGGAGUUAGCCUGCUAGCCGGCGCAGCUGUCGCUGUCUCAUCAACCCUGGCAGAUCUUCCCAAGCUUGGUGCUGAGACCGUGCGAAUUGCAUUGCGGAUGGGAGUGCUAGCUGGGCAAACAUCUCGGUGUAUCGAGUCCCGAGAACCAUCUACGCCGCCUGAAAGUUGGACCGCCGCCGUGAAGGACCUGGAUGAGGAUAUUGUCCGAAAAGAGUUGGAAUCUUUCAAUAUAUCGGCGCACAAUCCGCUUCCUAGCCACUUGUUUAUUAGUGCGGUCAGCGAGGACACCAUCGCCAUCAGCGGCCCUCCCUCAAAGCUCAGGAAGCUCUUCAGAGUUUCCGAGCAUCUUCGAGCUACCCGUUACGUCUACUUGCCUAUCUACGGAGGCCUAAGCCACGCACCUCAUAUCUUCAACCACCGUCAUGUUUCUUCCAUAUUGGAAAAAAUGGACUCGGCAAUAGCCAGUCGAUCGAUAACCAGUUCCUCUCCUCUCAUCUCAAACACAGACGGUUUGCCAAUUCAAGCAAAAACCCCACGCGAUAUUUUUGCAGCGGUCGUUUACGAGCUUCUCACGUGCCCGACUCGAUCCAAAAUGGCAAAGAAUGGCGCUCUGCAGGUGAUGGGGACAGCAUGGGUGAAGUGCUGCGUGUUUGCACCAGGAUCAUGCAACUUGGCAGCAGAUAUUGUUGCCAAUGGAGAGAUCACAGCUCCAUCAUGCGAUUUCCAAAUCAUCAAUAUGAUACAAUGGCUUGACGAGGAUACCAACGACGCUGCACCGCUCAGAAAGGAAGACUCCAAGAUUGCCAUCGUGGGGAUGUCCUGCCGGAUGCCAGGUGGGGCCAACGACUUGGAUUCAUUCUGGGAUUUAUUACAAGAGGGCCGUGAUGUGCAUCGAAAGGUUCCAGCAGACAGAUUUGAUGUGGGUAGUCAUACCGAUCCGUCUGGCAAGAUACGAAAUACCAGUCUCACCCCGUUUGGUUGUUUCAUUGAUCAACCAGGGCUUUUUGAUGCCGGGUUCUUUGACAUGUCGCCCAGAGAAGCAGCCCAGACGGACCCUAUGCAUCGCCUUGCGCUUAUGACAGCAUACGAAGCCCUUGAGCAAUCCGGAUUUGUCCCAGACCGAACAGAAUCAACUGAUAGGAGGGGUAUAUCGACAUUCUACGGUCAAUCGAGCGAUGACUAUCGUGAAGUUAAUGCGAGCCAAACAGUUGACACAUACUUCAUUCCUGGGGGCUGCCGGGCUUUUGCUCCGGGGCGUAUCAACUAUUUUUUCAAGUUCAGUGGGCCCAGCUUCAACUGUGAUACGGCAUGUUCUUCGAGCCUGGCGACUAUCCAAGUUGCUUGUACCUCUUUGCUUCAUGGAGAUUGCAAUAUGGUGGUAGCAGGAGGCCUCAAUAUCCUUACGAACAGCGAUGGCUUUGCGGGAUUAAGUCGUGGCCAUUUUCUUUCGAAAACCGGCGGUUGCAAGACAUUCGACGCAACUGCAGAUGGCUAUUGCCGGGCAGAUGGAAUCGGAUCCGUCGUUUUGAAGCGGCUGGAUGAUGCGGAAAGAGACAACGAUAACAUUUUGGGUGUUAUUCUGAGCUCUGCAACAAAUCACUCAGCAGAUGCUAUCUCCAUAACCCAUCCACAUGCUCCAACUCAAGCCGAUCUAUAUCGUCGAGUCAUGACUGACGCUGGCGUCAGCCCCCUUGAUGUGGACAUGGUUGAGAUGCACGGUACCGGCACUCAGGCAGGUGAUGCAACCGAAAUUGAAUCGGUCACCUCGGUCUUCAGUCCACCAGAUCCUAACCGUAUAAGAACCCAGCCAUUGCACAUCGGAUCAGUCAAAGCCAAUGUAGGACAUGGCGAGGCUGCAGCGGGUAUUAUGGCUUUGAUCAAAGUUCUGUUGAGCUUGCAGAAAAACAUAAUCCCAAAACAUGUCGGCAUCAAGACUGCACUUAAUCCUGCAUUCCCUGAUCUGAAUCGUCUCGGCGUCCAAAUUCCUUAUGAGCAGGUUGCAUGGCAUCGAACACCAUCCCGAAAACGAUAUGCAGUUGUCAACAACUUCAGUGCAGCUGGUGGAAACACUUCCCUUUUGCUGGAAGAACCACCAAUGCGCUCUGAGCCUGAGAAAGAUAUACGGACGGCAUUUGCAGUGGCGGUAUCGGCGAAGAGCAAGGUUUCUUUAGGAAGAAAUUUGAAAUCACUCGUGGCGUUUCUCAAAUCUAUGCCACUAGAGGGCAUCCCUCACCUUUCAUAUACCACGACGGCACGUCGCAUGCACCACAACCAUCGCAUUGCCGUGGCUGGUACUUCACCGGAAGCAAUCUGUCGACAAUUCGAGAAAUAUCUUCCCACAGUUGAAUCACAUCGACCCGUCAGCAAUACAAUUCAUUCGACUGCUUUUGUGUUUUCUGGCCAAGGAAGCUUCUACGUCGGCAUCGGGCGCCAGCUUUAUGGAAGUCACUCAAGGUUCCGAACCCAGCUACACCAGCUAAAUGAUAUCUGCCUGAGUCACGGUUUUUCUUCCUUCCUUGAAGUCAUUUCGGCCGAGCCCAGUGAGCAGCGGCCUAUCUCUGAGCCUGGGCCUGUUAUUGUGCACCUGGCAAUCACUUGCAUAAGCAUCGCGUUGUGUGAUUUCUGGGGCAGUCUUGGGGUGAAGCCAUGUGUUGUGAUUGGAGCCAGCCUUGGUGAGUUUGCUGCUCUCUAUGCCGCUGGUGUUCUCUCUGCAAGCGAUGCGAUUUAUCUCGUAGGUCACCGAGCUCUGCUCAUGCAAGAGAUGUGUAUCCCCAACACUCAUGGUAUGCUGGCGGUGCGUGCGACUACAGAGCAAAUACAGAAUGCACUGACUGGCCAUUUGUACGAAAUUGCGUGCAUCAACGGUAUCAACGAUGUCACGUUGAGCGGUACCGUUGAGGAAAUCAACCAUGCAAGAUCAAAGAUUGAGGCUUUUGGAUACAAAUGCACCCAGAUCACCGUUCCAUAUGCAUUUCACUCUGGUCAGAUGGAGCCACUUCUGGAUCAGUACGAGGAGAUCUGUGGGGGAGUGACAUUCAAGGCUCCCACCUUCCCUGUCGUCUCUCCAUUACUGGCUGAUUGUGUCUUCGAUGGCCACACGAUCAAUGCGGCCUAUAUGCGAAAGGCAACGCGAUGCCCUGUUCAAUUCACGAAAGCGUUGCAUAUUGCUCUUGAGAUGGAAUUGAUCGAUGAAAAGACCAUCUGGGUAGAAAUCGGACCCCAUGCCUCCUAUGGCCAGUUUGUUCGCAAUGCGAUGGCCUGGGAACCCACGAUAGUUUCUAGCCUCAGACGAGAUGAGGAUAACUGGCAUACGUUUUCCCGGAGCUUGGCGCAGCUGCACAAUACCGGGCUCAAUAUCAAUUGGCAGACAUGGCAUGGGCCGUUUGAGGGCCAGUUACGAUUGUUGGAUCUUCCAGCAUAUCAGUGGAACACUAAAAACUACUGGAUCCAAUACAACGGAGAUUGGAUGCUCCAGAAAGAUCAAGCCUCGCCACAAGGAUGUGCUCAGGACAGCCAAUCCUCAUUGCAGACUGCUUUCAUACACAAAAUAAUCAAGGAAUCUAUUAGCAAAGAGAGCGGCGAAGUUAUAGUCCAGUCUGAUAUCUUGCGAGCGGAUUUUUUGGAGGGAAUGGGUGGCCAUGAGAUGAACGGCUGUGCAGUUGUCACAUCAUCCGUUCACGCAGAUAUUGCAUUCACCUUGUCCAGAUACCUCUACACCCGCAUCAGGCCCCAAUCAACCACCCCUGCCAUGAACCUGAAGAACAUGCAAGUCAAGCAAGGUCUCAUCGCGCGAGAAGACCGCUCCCGACCCCAGUAUAUUCAAGUGCAUGCCGUGGCAGACUGUUCGACCAGUUCGAUUCAGCUCUCUUGGUACGCUUUGGAUGACCAAGGGGAAAGAGCGCCGGACUGCUUCGCGGCACUUACUACACAAUGGGAUGAUCCAGAAUCCUGGUUAGACGAAUGGUCGUCCACCUCACACUUGGUUGCUAGCAGAAUCGAGGUUUUGCAAAACCUCGCUUCUCAAGGCACAGCCAGCCGGCUAACUCAAGACAUGGUAUACAUGCUCUUCGGGACUCUAGUGGAUUAUUCAGAAAAAUACCGUGGUAUGAGAACCGUUAUUCUGAAUGGCUUAGAGGCAGCUGCGGAAGUGGUGCUAGCCCCGGACGAGUCAUCGGAGAAGUGGACUGUGGCACCAUACCAUAUAGAGAGCAUCGUGCAUCUCGCAGGCUUCAUUCUGAACUGCGGAAAUGCAGUGGAUCAUCGAAAGAACUUUUAUGUCACGCCUGGGUGGAAGUCCAUGCGUUUCGCUCGUCCAUUGGUGUCUAGCCAGCCAUACAUGUGCUAUGUGAAGAUGGCGCCCAUUCUCAAACAACCUGGGUUCUACGCAGGCGAUGUUUAUGUCCUGCAGAAUGGCGAGACUGUUGGAUUGGUCGGUGGCGUGACAUUCCGCACAUUUCCACGCUCACUUCUGGGUCAAUUCUUCAGUCCGCCUGACAUGGAUACUAUCUCCCAGGAGCCGGUUCAUGUUACCAGACAGCCUCCGGCGUAUACCUCAGAAGCCCCAGAAGUUCCAAUGCUACCGGUCCGAGGGAAUUCGGAAGCAAUGCCUGAAGCAACCAGUUGUACCAACAGGAUGGGCACUGCCUCGUUUAAACAGGAGCAAGCUUCUCCGAGCUCGCUAGCAGAAAAUCCCAUCAUCCAGCAAGCCAUGGAUUUGAUUAGCAAAGAGACUGAGAUUGAUCUUGAAGAACUUUUGGAUGAGACCGAGUUCUCAUGUAUUGGGAUCGAUUCACUGAUGUCCCUUGUAUUGGUGCAAAGAUUUGCAACGGAGCUCAAGUUGGAAUUGCGCGGCUCUUUAUUCUUCGACUGUCCCACGAUUGGUGACUUCAAAACAUGGCUGAGGGACUACUGUUGA